ACUCAUACACUCAAACCCUUUUAGUUUUACAAACUGAGCCUUAGGCACGGGAAGGAACUGAACGAUGAUACAAUGCUUAACAUCCAUCCCUACUUUUUCACAAAUCUUAUGAAUCUGAUUCCACAAUCACAAGGGAAUCUUCACCGUUUAUUUCCUUCAAAGUCACUACUAUUCUCAGUUUCACCAAUUCUUUUUUAUCCUAUAAUGUUUAAACAAUUUUACAUUUUUUUCCUCAUAUAAUGAUAGGCCAGUUUCAGCUCUUGCAGAUGAUCCCUCCAAAUUACGCCGUUUCGUCGCACCGCCAACCACCUCACUUGCCGCUAAAUUCGGCUGUGUUAUCUCGACCUCCAAAAUUCAAUGACCAUCAGCCGUGUCUCGUGAAUUACACAAAUCGGGUUAAAUGGAACGGAAACAAACCCAAGAGACGCAAUGACAAACGCCGUGUAAACUCUAAUGAUUCAUCGGAGACAAACCGAUUCACUGGAAAGGUUCGAAAAUUUCACUUUCCAAAGAGGAGGUUUACCAGCGGCGGACGUAUGCCCGCUCCGUUCGCGCCGUGCAAUACGACGUCGUUCAUAAUCCGCGCGAAGAAGUCUGGCGGUAUAGCUUCUCUGGUCUCUCCUUGUGCGAGGACUCCAGCGAUCUUGACAACCCCGAUACUGUCUCCGUCGACAGAGGUGGUUGUAGAGAUGGCAAAGGAAAAGUGGGGAGUUGACGGAUAUGGCACGAUGAAUGGCUUAAUUCGUGUUCGGUCAAGGAAAGAAAGUUCUAACGAAACAGAAAACAAUGACAGUGAACAAUUUGAAGUUGAGAAGACAUUGAACACUCACUUGAGAAGAUUUGAGAUGAUAUGUCCAAGUGAGUAUAGUUUAGAGAAUAGGGUUGACGAACAGGAAUUAAAAAUUUCUCGUCUUGAAGAACAUAAUUUAACUCUUAAAGAAAGAGUUUUUCUCAUUGAAAGGGAAUUGAAUGAGUUGAGACGACGUGUUUUAUGCUUGGAGACGGAGGGAAUUAGAUUGCAGGAUUUCAAUAGGGAAGAUGUUUGCUCCGAUAAAAGUGUCAGUGAUGACGGCGAGAGUGAUGACAAGGGUGAUUGUUAAACUAACACUGUCAAUUAAAUGUAUACCGAUUGUGUCUUGUGGGAAUGUUUAAUGGAUUUUGCAAAUGAGUAUUAAUAGUUUAGUGGAGCAUAGUCUUAUUUAGUUAUUGUUGUUGAUUUGAACUUAACUCUAAAGAUGUUGUGUCUUGUGGGUUUAGUCAAUUUGGACUUCAAAUUAACAUUGAAUAAGAAUUCAAAAAUGCUUUGUAAUGUCUCGUUAAACAGUUGGUUUGAACUUA